AUGGUCCCUGUACAGUCUUUCACAGGUGGGCUGCUGGGCACAGGUGGGGCUGCUGGUCACAGGCGGGGGCUGCUGGUCACAGGUGGGGCUGCUGGUCACAGGUGGGGCUGCUGGUCACAGGUGGGGCUGCUGGUCACAGGUGGGGCUGCUGGUCACAGGUGGGGCUGCUGGUCACAGGUGGGGCUGCUGGUCACAGGUGGGGCUGCUGGUCACAGGUGGGGUUGCUGGUGCUGGUGCUGGCGGCUGGCGCUGGUGCUGGUUCCUGGUGCUGGCAGCUGGCACUGGGGCUGGUUCCUGAUGCUGGCGGCUGGCGCUGGGGCUGGUUCCUGGUGCUGGCGGCUGGCGCUGGUGCUGGUUCCUGGUGCUGACGGCUGGCACUGGGGCUGGUUCCUGGUGCUGGCGGCCGGCGCUGGGGCUGGUUCCUGGUGCUGGCGACUGGCGCUGGGGCUGGUUCCUGGUGCUGGCGGCUGGCGGUGGGGCUGGUUCCUGGUGCUGGCGGCUGGCGCUGGGGCUGGUUCCUGGUGCUGGCGGCUGGCGCUGGGGCUGGUUCCUGGUGCUGGCGGCUGGCGCUGGGGCUGGUUCCUGGUGCUGGCGGCUGGCGCUGCGACCGCCGGUACGACGGGCGAGGUGCAAGGUGGCGCUGGCUGCAGUCGAUGGCGCAAACGCGAUCGCGGGCCGCUGGCGACUUCGCUGGCGGGUCGCUGGCGGCGGGUCCGCUGGCGUUCGCCAUAG